AGCCGCCGCAGUCGCAUCGCGUAGCGCCUUCGCGUAGCGGAGGUGUACCCAAAGACAUCCGAACCGUCCGCCGGCGAGCGCAGGAGGGUCCCAGACGCGAGCGGGCCAACACCGGCAUCCACCGACCUUGGCCGCCGAAGCGCGCUCCGACAGGCUCCGACAGGCUUUGACAGGCUUCGACAAGGAUCGACGAGGAUCGACGCGCAUCCGCGCGGAUCAGCCCGGGGAGGCGGCAUCCACGCCGAAACUCAUUUGAAUCGAGAUCUAGACCCUUUGAUUAAUAAGUCGGUUAAUCGCGAAAGCGAGUGACGGGGUAUAUUCCGGUAUAUAUCGAGUCGCGAAUGGAAGCCAUUCCCGAGUUCUCUUCUGGGGCCUUCCGGUCUCGGCGGACGUAGCGCAGGUAUCGCAGAACUCACGCUCGACUUCCUACGAGUUCGUAUACGUAUAUCAAUUGUUCUUGGGGAUAUACGUGUCAGUUUUGAAGAAGUUUUCGAAUCCUGGUCGAACUGCUGUGCUGGAGAUUAGGGAGAGAGAAGAGCGAAAAGGCGGGAAGCGGGACGAGUCGAAGGGUGGAAAAGAGUUCGUAGCGAUGGGUCGGAACGGACUCGCGCUCAUGGCGGCUCUGGCGUCGGUGAUGGCUGCGCUCCCGGAAGUCGCGUUCGCCGGAAGCUGCGGCGAGGCCAAGCUCUGCUGCCCCGGAAGGGAUUCGGCCUGCGUCGUGCAGAAGACGUCCCCGAAUGCCAUUAUACAGGCGCUCACCGACAAGCCGUGCUACUGCGACCACGCGUGUCUGAAGCUCGGCGACUGCUGCAACGACUUCAAGGAAGCGUGCGGAGUGCUGGACUGCGUGGUCUCAGGAUGGGGUCCCUGGUCGACGUGCGACAGUGAAUGCGGUCCAGGAGCUCAGACCAGGUCGAGGAUGGUGGAAAGAGCUGCCGAAAAUGGCGGGAAACAUUGUCCUCAGUUGGUCCAGCAUCGGGGAUGUCAGGGAACGAAAUGCCACAAGCGGAACCCGAAGUCCGCCCUGAAGGAGGUCGCCUUACUUCUUCCGGCGGAACUAAGCGGCGUGCGACACGUCAACGACAGCAACGACAUCAGGACGAACCUGCGACUUCGAUAUCGGGACGAUCCCGAGCACGACGUCUCCAGGGAAUACUGCGUGACGUUUACGGUGACCAAGGCCUCGAAGGCGUGUUACAAGGAACCGAAUCUAUCAGGCUUCACGGAAGGAUCCCGAGUGUGCGUGCGCUGCCAAACGCAGGCCUUGAGGCGCGUCCUGGACUGGCGAUGCGAAGGCGACGGAGGCACCGAGGCGAUGAUCACCAGGUGGAGCAUGUUGUCCUCGGCUCACUGCCACGGAAAGUGGCUCCGCACCAAGAAGACAGGCCCCGAGUGCGACGCCGCCCUCUGCCAGCCCCAGCCACACUUCAUCUUCGUCUGAAGAGGUCCAUCGAGGGCGCGGAAGACCUCGGCGAAGACGCGCCACCUCGACGCCAUCCGACCAGGGGUGGAUCCUCCAGAACGACGCGAGCUGCCUUCGGGAGGACGUCAAAAUGAACCCAGGAUAAGGGACUCCUUGGUCCCGUCGUCUUCGGCGUGCCGACGAUGGACUCGACUCGCUUAGACUCGACUAGGGCGCGUCUCCACCUCGAAUUCCGUCUUCGGGCCAAUGGAUCGCCAUUAUUCGCGACCUCUCCGGGAUCUUCGGCUCCGCCGACCUCGAAUGGAAUCCCAUAGGAUCCGCGAAGUCCAUUCGGAGUCGCUGGGGCUGCGUCGUCUCUUCCGGGGGCCCGGUUCGGCUUGAUUCCCUGAUGGACACUUCCUGGGGGUGCUUUUCGGCGGGUGAAUCGGGCAGAAGCGGUUCCGUGCCCGAUGGACCGGAAUGGGGAUCCAAUGGGAGAUCCUUUUUCUUCGUGGGGUUCUCGAGAAAUAUUGGAAAUCUGCGGGAGAGUGAUAAGAAUUGUGCCAGCGGUCCUGAGAAUUCUCUUGUUCUACUCUUCUCGAGCUGUUAGGUUGACAAUUAGUUGAUGGUCAGCUCUGGUAUAGUUGAGGUUAGGGCAGGUAGGGUGGAGUGCCACUCCGAUUUCUCGAGGAAAAGCUGGAGGAGAACGGUCUUGAAUUGAUUUAUUUAAAAAUUGAGAAUCUGGGGAGGAAAUGCAGGAAUUGCAUCCAUCGGCGUGGGAGUUCUCUUUGGCUGGUCUAGUGGUUAGUUCCUGUUAAUAAUCAGCCCGUGUCAAUUUGAGGUUACAGCAAAUACGAAUUGCGAACGCAAUUGACUGGCCGCUUCGAUUGUACAGAAUUAACAACACCUGAAAUAGGGUAUUCUCGGGUGGCAUUUAAAAAAUGGAGCACUCGCACAAAAUUGAUGAAACACUCCCACACAAGGAUUCCCUUGUUUUAUUAACCUAGUAGUCUCUGUCUGUCGAUGGUCAACCCGUGUCUAUUUAAGGUCUCGGCAAAUAGGAACUUGAAACUCAAGUGACUGGUCGUUUCGAUUAUACAGAAUUAAUAACAUCCAAAAUAGCGUAUUCUUGAGUGAUAUUUAGUAAAUGGGGGAUUCUUAGGAAAUUCAUACAAAUUUAAUAGGAUCAAACGGGGACUCUUUUGUUUUACUAGUCUAGUAGUCCCUAUCUGUUCAUGGUCAGCCCGAGUGUACCUGAAGUUAUAGACAAAAGAAUAGAUGAACACUUCGAUUAUGGGGAAUUACUGAAAACUGAAGUAGCGUAUUCUUGGCUGCAUUUUUUCUAUAUUAAUUUAAUACUUGCAGACAUGUCGCAAAAGUGUCCUACAUAUAUGUGGGAGCUCUCUUGUUUUCCCGGCCUAGUAGUUACUGCCCCCUGAUGGUCAACCCGUGUCUAUUUGAGGUUACAGCAAAUACGAAUUACGCGUGUACCACGAAUGAGCGGGCACUUCGAUUAUGUGGGAUUAAUGAGGGCUGAAAUAGUGUAUUGUAGUGAUGGAUCGGUGGAUAUUCCCUGCUGUUACGUACCUCCCGAGAAUUUGCAAUGUACGGUGAACUCGAUCGGACUUGAUCGUUUUCCGAUACUUCACCUCGGCCGAUCGACGAAAAUUCGCCCACUUAAGCGCCGACUGCCUAGACCGAGGACCCCUCCGAUGAAACUGGGUCGUUCUUUACUUGGAAAAUCAAAAUGAAUCGUUGCAAGAAAUCUCCCCGACAUAUUUUCGUCCAGCUGAGCGACUCUAGGAGCACGAAAAGCAUUUCUUCCAUAAAUAUAAUAAAUAAAGGCCGGUUAAAUAUGCCUGUGAUAAAAGCUACUUCUCGAGGAACUGUCCCUCUAAUUUUCGAACUGGGCCCUCGGUUAAUUAUCCCUUAUCCGACUGCCAAUCUUUUUUUAACUCGCAUAAUGUUCGUUAUAUAAGAGAACCACUUUAACAAUUAAUGAUUCGAGACGUCGCAAUCCUCUUAAAAUUUAUAACUCUCGAGGAAGCUGCAGGCCGAGUGAAAAUGAUACACCGGGAAGAUCGUUCGCUGACAUUCGAGUCGGAUUUACUUUAAUUACCGUAUAUUUUGCAUUUAAUUUCGCGGUGUGAUUUAGCUUUCGCUCGAACUGCUUGAAUGGUACUGCUCUAAAGGUGGAGUGUAUUUAAUGUGUACUUUUUAGUUUCCCGCAUUUAUACAGUGUAAUGUGUUAAGGUCAUUCGAUGUUAAUCACUGAUAGUAAUAUUCUGCGCUCGUUACCUUAGUCACACUUCGAGCUGGAAAUGUUUCUUUAUAAAUACAUAAAUUCUAAAAAAAAAAAAACUUCCUGAGACUUUUAGAACCGAUAGAUACUUUGAAAGAUCAAUAUGCGAUUGACUUUAUUCUCUGUACUCGAUGGAAAUUAAAAGACUCCGAUAAUCGGUGAUUAACUAAAAUACUCUUAUAUAACGUCUUGUAAUUUCUAAUAGAAAAAAAAAAGGAAAGAAAAGAGGAAUUAAACGUUUCCACUGAACAUAUUUUCUACUCUGCUUUCUCGUUCAAUUCUUACUUGACAAUUUGACGUUUAGUGCCUAGAAAUAAAUCCGCGAAGUGUGACUUCGAGAAGAAAUGACGGCCACGAAACCGAAGAACGGAAUGUCCCUACCAAUUAAACACUAACGUAACACUAAAUCGAUAAACAAUAAGUAUAUUUGUAUGUAAGUUAUUUUAUAAAUUGAGUCCACAUAUCAAAGAUAAUAUUUUAUAGACGCUAAGCAAUAAAAUGUAGGUACAUCCUA